AUGGCUUGCAUUCUGCAUCUCCCUGAUGAAAUCCUGCAGCAGAUCCUCAACCGUGCUGCCCGGGAUCGGGAAAGUCCCGUCCGGAGGGGCAGCAUCGAGCAUGACCCGGAGAUCCUGAUGACCCUAGCCGUGACAUGCCGCCGGUUCAGCCGUAUCGCGCUGCCUCUCCUCUACCGCAGCAUCAGCUUCACACUGGACCCGCCAGCCAAACAUCUGCAGAAGCUGCAAGCCGUUCUUGCAAGCAGCCACUUGCUCCGAUACCACUGUCGGACGCUCCGCAUCAGGGUCACCGACAUCUGGCCACUGCCAGAUGAAUACUUUCCCCUAAUGAAUGAUCUGAUCUGUAGCCUUCCCCACGUGCAGUCUCUAGUUUUCAAUGGAGGUUACGGGACGAACCCUGAAGAGAUGUGGACGAUGGUCCGCCUGGCAUCCGAGAAUAUGCCCCAUGCUCGGUCUCUCUCGCUCAGCCGGGUAUGCGACGGUCUUCAUGUACGGGACAUCCUGGAGCAUGUUGAUUUCCCGUCGCUUCAAACGUUGGAUCUCCACGGUAUCUACAGACCAGAGAACGCCCCGGAGGCAGAGGACAUCCUAGAUCCAAAGAAGCAUCGGACUGCCAUGUUCACCUCGCUCUCCUUUUCCGACUACGAAGAGAGCCCGAAAGUCACGGAGCAGCUCCUGAACUGGCCCAAAGCGCUUGUUCACUUUCGCUUUGCCAGCUUCUACAACAACCCCUUUUACAUGGACCUCCCGAUGUUUGGCACCUGGCUCUCCAUCCAUCGAGAGACGCUCCGGUCAAUCGAUAUCGGCUAUCUAUCGAGUGACGGGGCGGGCCGUCUCUUCGGCGCGACUGCCUUCCCCAAACUAGAGGUCCUGACACUCUCACCCCACCAAUUGGGCGCGUGGAGGUCGCGGACAGCGAGCGAGUGGAGGGUAUCUCCGGCCGCCGACGCCGAUUGCCUCCUCGCCCCCCGCCUCCACACGUUCGGAUUGGACUUUUCCAUCUAUGACCAGCACAGCGAGGCAUGGACCGAUUUCGGAGACGCAGAAGAGCGUUGGGUCCGCGAGUUCGCGAAAGUGGCCGUGGCCAGAAAGGCGGCGCUCCGGAAGAUCAUGAUCACGUUCACUCCUGAGCCGUGGGGGCUCAGCAGGGAGGACGGGUAUCCGUGGGAUCGGAUGGAUCAGAUCUGUGAGGAUCUUCGGCCGCAUGGACUCGUCUUGGAGUAUAAUGAGCCGGUCUUGACCAAGGAUGAAUGGCGGAAGAAAUUUGAGGCCGUUCCUGGUCCGACGCUGGAUAUACAUCGCGAGUACUAG